CAAACCACCUGCCCGGUGCCUUCAGAAGUUGGCUGCUAGUUCGAUCUCGCCGCCGCCGCUUGCUCUGCCGCAGGGCUUCCUGAUUGCGCCCUCGGUUGUCGACUUGUGCAGCGUUUCUGGUGGACACUCGGAGAACGUGUUCUUUGCAUCUGGUUUUGCUCCUGUGGAUGUCUGGACGCCUAAGAUCGAGUGAAUCAUGCGGGGGAAGCUCUGGAUAAGAUUUUCGCCCUUCCUUUCCAAGCGUCAUGUCUCUACCUGUCGGAAUUUCUCGAUGUCUCCAUCUUCGUCAGGCUCCGUGGUACAGCCAUGGCUCUUUGUUGGUCUAGGCAACCCCGGCGAGAAGUACCAGUCGACCAGACACAAUGUCGGGUUUGAUAUGAUAGAUGCAUUUGCGGAGUCUCAGGGCAUAUCCAUGACCACACUUCACUUCAAAGCUCUAUUUGGUGAAGGGAUGAUUGAUGGUGUCCCUGUUUUGCUUGCCAAGCCUCAAACAUAUAUAAAUCUCAGCGGUGAAUCUGCUGGUCCACUUGCUGCCUAUUAUAAACUUCCACUUCACCGUGUCCUAGUGGCAUACGAUGACACGGACCUGCCAUGUGGAGUUCUUCGUUUACAACCUAAAGGAGGAUAUGGGCGCCACAAUGGGUUGAAGAGUGUGAUCUACAAUUUUCGCAAGAACCGAGAAUUUGGUCGACUAAGGAUUGGAAUUGGACGCCCGCCUGGUCAGAUGGAUCCCAAAGCGUUUGUGCUUCAGAAGUUCAAUAAGACUGGCCGUGAACGGAUUGAUUCGGCCAUAAAAGAGGGCACCAACAUUCUGAAGAUGGUGGUCACCAAGGGUCUGACGGAGGCAGCAAGACUGGCAAAUGUAGAGCAGAAGUAUAAGCACCUGGUGUCACACGACGAGCAGUUCUAGAGACUCUACGGACCACUUCUCUUGGGAGAUGCUCAUGCAGCAUAAUAUUGGAGUUGGACCGUGGUGUCUCACGUGAUCUUUCAGUAUUAUCAUAGGGCAUGUACAGUUGACUCGAUGACCAUAAAACUCUGAAAGUUGUUCUGCUAGCUAGCUUCAACGUUCUACAGUGGUAUGUAAGAUUCGGAUUGUCACCUUUCCUGUUAUGAAACAGUCCGCUGAUCUGAUCCGGUAUCC